CUGCCUUCGUUGGCUACUUCCUCGCUGCAGGGGCUGCAGCACGUUGCUUGCAGCGUGUGUUUCACUCAUAAACAAGCGUAUUUCUAGACUGAAGUUUUCGAACACAAGCAUGACUGAAGGUGUUGAAACUGAUUCGUCAGAAAGUGAAGAGGAGAUUGACUUUGCAUCAAAUUUCCACUUUGUGGACACGGCUGCAGAAUAUGUCAAGGACACAUGGAGCAACCUGGCGAAGCUGGUGAAAAAGAACAAACGUGCCAACGUCAAUGACAAGAUUGCCAAAUCGAUUAGCAAGCGUAAGGCCGAAGUAGCCGAAGAGGACGCACCCGAAGACACCGGUGAUGAUUUGGAAAUUGACGAGGAUAGUACAGAAAAUAUCAAAGACACAUUAAAAGCAAAGAAGAAAAAAUUGAAGAAAACUAAGGAUGUCAAAAAUGAAGCAGAUGAUGAUGAAGUGGAUGUUACAAGUGCAUUUUUCGGAGACGAGGAAACGUCAUUCCAACUGAUGAACCUGUCACGACCAUUACAAAAGGCAUUGACAGCCAUGAACUUUGUUCAUCCAACACCAAUUCAAUCAGCAGCCAUUCCUGUAGGCCUACUCGGGAGGGAUAUUUAUGGGUGUGCAGCCACUGGCACUGGCAAGACUGCGGCGUUCAUGUUGCCUGUCCUCGAACGGCUUCUCUACAAACCGAAACAGGACCUUGUGACGAGAGUACUGGUUGUGGUUCCUACACGUGAGCUUGCCGUGCAGGUGUACCAAGUCAGCCUCCAGCUUGCCCAGUUCACAAACGUUGAGAUUGCCCUUUCCGCUGGUGGCCUCGAUCUGAAAGCUCAGGAGGCAGCACUGCGCAAAAUUCCAGACGUCAUUAUAGCUACCCCAGGACGUUUAAUCGACCACCUGCAGAACACGCCGGGGUUUGAUGUCCGCAACAUCGAAGUCCUGAUUCUGGAUGAAGCUGACAAGAUGUUGGAGGACACAUUUGCGGAGCAAAUGAAGGAAAUCAUACGGCAGUGUUCUCCCACAAGGCAGACAAUGUUGUUUUCUGCUACCAUGACAGAUCAGGUAAAAGAUCUUGCAGCAGUUUCUCUUCGGAAGCCAGUCAAGCUGUUCUUGAAUAACAACACUGACGUUGCUCUCAACCUGCGGCAAGAGUUCAUCCGUAUUCGUCAACAUAAAGAAGGGGAUCGGGAGGCCAUCUUGGCAGCACUCGUUAGCCGCAACUUCAAGGAGAAUACCAUCGUGUUUGUACAAACAAAAAAGCUGGCUCAUCGGUUACGAAUACUGCUGGGGCUCAUUGGAGUACGCGUGGACGAACUACACGGUAACCUGAACCAAGCGCAACGCCUCGACGCACUUCAUAAAUUUAAGGAGAGGGAGGUGGAUGUUCUCAUAACCACUGACCUUGUGGCUCGUGGGCUUGACAUCAAAGACGUCAAGACGGUAAUAAAUUUUACACUGCCGCACACUCUUCAGCACUAUGUUCAUCGUGUUGGCAGAACAGCCCGGGCUGGCAGAAGUGGAAGGUCUGUGUCUUUGGUUGGUGAACAGGAGCGGAAGUUGUUGAAGGAGAUCGUAAAGCAAGCAAGGACACCCGUAAAGCAAAGAAUAAUUCCUCAAGAGGUUAUUUCGAAACUCAGAGAAAAAAUGUCUCAGCUUGAGGAAGAAGUUGAGAACAUUCUCAAAGAAGAGAAGGUGGAGAAAGAACUCGGAAACAUGGAAAAAGAAGUGCAAAGGGCUGAUGAAGUGCUCAGCAAAAGCAAUCAAGCACCUGGGAAAGAUGGUAAAAGGAACUGGUUCCAAACACCCAAAGAGAAGUUUCAAGAAAAAGCACGACUAAGGUUAGGCGAACACAGUAGCGUUACACGAAGGAAGGCAGGAAAGGUACCGGAACGAGCAAAAAAUGCUGAAGAUAGAGUAUCACGUGAGCUUGAGAAAACUGCACAAUACCAGGCACGUCUUGCAAAGAGGGCAAAGAAGCCGAAGAGAAUUCGUGCCAUAACUGAAGACGAUGACGGCAAGAAACAAUUACCUAAAGGAAAGAAAUCCCGAAAGAAGAACUUCGCAUCAGAGCUGGUUGAUACUAGUAAAAAGGCUGUCAAGAAAUUUAGACACGGGCCUUCUUAUCAGGAGCGACUGGAUGCUGGACUGAUCAAAAAGAACAAAGGCCCUGCAAAGAAGUUCAAGUCCAAGAGCAGAUAUAGGAGGAAAUAGACUCCAUAAGCACUGUUUUAUUAAAUUUUUCGAGACAAUGGU